AUGCCAACUGCAGGAGGAUUUGUAUUUAGUUUAGCUUCAGGUGCAGCAAUAAGGCUUUUCCAAACCGGACUCAGUGGUUCACCACCUAAAUUAUCACAAAAGUUGAUUGGCUAUGGAGCAGCAAUGUCAAUCACCGGUUCACUUUACUACUUUAUAUUGGAUCCACAGAUCAAUACCAAUAGGGAAUUGUUGAGUAGAAGAUUGACUGCCUUGAGAGAACAAAGAGAAAGAAAGCUGGAUUUGGUAAAUUUCGAAGAGCAAGAGAGUAGGUUGUUUACUGCUAAGGAUAAAGGCAGAUUCUUUAGAUUGUUUGAUAAAUACAGCCAGCCUUAUAAGUAA